AUGGCCAAAGGAAGUCGACAAGUUUCGCAAGCUUGGGACCAGAAUUGCAUCCAGUACCACCGACCCGGAGAUUGGAUGAAUAUGAUUGUGCCCCAGUCUGAAGGCGACACCAGCCUCAAUCUCACAAAUUCGAGUGCAAUUCCUCUAUUCGCAAGACUUCUCCGUGAAGCCAACUAUACCACCGAAGCACAAUACUUGCACCUUCUCUUUUUUGCAAUUCUGGUCAUACCGGAACUCGGACCAGCACCCAUCGCAGCGAGUGGCACUCCACAAUGGCCAAGUUUCAUGACUGAUGACGGCACACCCAUGGAGAUCGGGUGGGAUUGGGGAUGGCGAGGAUCUGGUAAUAGUAAACCUACAGUCAGGUACUCAAUUGAGCCCAUUGGGCAAAUGGCUGGAACGUUAGAAGAUCCACUCAACAAGUUUGCUGGUAUUCGAUUGAUGCGGAGGCUCCAAGCCGUCUUACCUAGCACGAACCUAGAGUGGUUUGACCACUUCUCAGCGGAGUUUGUGAAUUUUGACGAAGGUCAAGAUUCAUCAAGUGUCUAUAACGGGUAUAAGUUGACGCAAUUGGAAUCCCAUAACUCGCGAAUGUUUACAGCAUUUGAUCUAGAUGGGACAAACUUACUCGUGAAGUCGUACUUCCUACCAGCUUUCAAGGCGCAUCAUACAGGAAAAUCGAAUCUUGAAGUGGUUAUUCAGGCCAUUGAAACCUUACCGGGCUAUCAAGAGCCAAACUUUCGUGCCUUCACUAUGCUACGCGAGUUCAUACAAUCCACCAAAACGGCUUCCCUCGAGGUCGAGAUCUUCGCCAUCGACUGCAUGAAACCUGCGGAGUCUCGUCUCAAGGGUUUACGCGGACGUCUCAACGGUCCUAGGAUAGAUGAAGGGCUUAACGACUUAUGGGAAUUGUGGAAUCUGGUAUUUGAUACCGGCGAAUGCGCGUCGGAAUCAGCACAUCUUACAUAUCGGGGGCAUCGCACGGCGGGAAUCUUGUACUAUUUUGAGAUUCGCCAGGGGAGUGAUUUUCCAGUGCCGAAAAUUUAUCUACCCGUGCGCCAUUAUGGGCGGAACGAUUAUGCUGUUGCGCAGGGCCUUGGAACUUAUUUAAGUCGGAGGGGCCAGAAGGCCGCUGCGGAUGGGUUUAUUCGAGCUUUGAAAAAUACAUUCUCGACGAGUCGCCUUGAGGGUACGUGUGGUGUCCAAACUUAUAUCGGGGGCACGAUCAAGGAUUCAUCUCUUAAAUUAAUCUCUUACAUUAGCCCUCAGGUAUAUGAGAACCUCAGUGAGGUUAGAUUACAGAAUAGUUCGUGA